AUGCCUAAAUUUUCGGUUGACGUUAAUAAAGCUGUCGGGCAUAGAUUUACACCGCAAAAGGUUUCGUAUAAUAAACGAGAUCUCAUUUUAUAUGCUUUAUCAAUUGGAAUUAAAGAUGAAUUGAAUUUCCUAUAUGAAUUAGAUAAGAACUUUACCCCAUUUCCAACUUAUCCAGUUGGACUACAAUUAAAAGGAGAUUCGUCCGAUGUAAAUUUAUUCGCAGAAACUGUGAAUGCCGGUGGUCCAAUACCGGGAUUACCGGAAAUGGAACCAAACAAAAUGAUUCAUGGAGAACAAACUAUUGAAAUUUUAAAUCCAUUACCAACAUCUGGUGAAUUUGAAAUACAUUGUAAAGUUAAUGGAGUAUAUGAUAAAGGGAGUGGAAUGUUAUUAGAACGGGUCAAUACUAUGGUCGAUCCAAAAACUGGUAAAGAAUAUUGCGUGAUGACUAUUCAAACUUUUAUUAUUGGUUACGGCGGAUUUGGAGGUCCAAAAGGUCAAAAAGGUCCAAGUUAUAAACCACCAAAGGACAAAAAACCUGAUGCCAUUGACUCUUCUCCGACUAGUUCGACUCAAGCUUUAUUAUAUCGAUUAUCUGGUGAUUAUAAUCCCCUUCAUGCAGAUCCAACAAUUGCACCAAAAGUAGGAUUUGAAAGACCUAUAUUGCAUGGAUUAUGCUCAUUCGGAUAUGCAGCGCAUGCGAUAGUUAAACAUCUUGCAAACAACGAUCCAAAAUUAUUUAAAAGUAUUUCCGUAAGAUUUACCGCCCCCGUCUAUCCUGGUGAUACUUUGGAAACCCACAUGUGGAAAGUACCUGGUGAAAACCCGAAUGAAACCAAUGUUGUCUUUAUUACUAAAGCUAAGGAAAGAGAUACUAUCGUUUUAGCCAAUGGUUUUGGCGUAUUAAAAAAUUUUGGAGGUGUAGCCAAGUUGUGA